UUAAAUUCAGCCAGCUCGCGUUUUACAUUUGACCGCUGCGUUAGCCGAAGCUAACCGCUAACGUUAUCGAGCUAACGUUAGCGCGUCAGAUAAGCGCUGGCCUUGCGUGCGGACUCAUAAUGUCCUCGUAUGUAAUGUCAAAGAAAAAUCAAACAAAUGUUGACGUGACGUCUCGCUUGGCACGACUGGGAAGGCUUUCUCUGCAACGACAAAUAAUAGUGGUUUAAAAUAUAGUCUUUUUUUUUUUUUAAUUGUUGUUAAGGUUUCCAUAGGAACUUGUUGGUACGUGUUGCUGGAAACGGCCAAGAGGAAUUCGAGCUCUCUUCAAUUUCAGUUUAAGUUACAGUAACUUGUCACACUUGUGUGCUAGUGAGGAUGUCUUCCAACGAAGAAGGGUACGUGGUCAGGAUCAGAGGCCUUCCUUGGGCCUGCACCCAGAUGGAGGUGGCCAGUUUCUUCUCUGACUGUGACAUCGUAGGCAAAGUCAACGGCGUGUGUUUCACCUACUCGAAAGAAGGCCGUCCCAGCGGAGAGGCGUUUAUUGAGCUAAAAACGUCGGAGGAUUUCAAGAAUGCGCUUUGUAAAGAUCGUAAAUACAUGGGACACCGAUACAUUGAGGUGUUCAAGUCCAACCGUAGUGAGAUGGACUGGGUGCUGAAGCGUAGCGGCCCCGCUGACUACGACAGCUCCAGCGGCUGCAUGCUGAGACUCCGAGGCCUGCCCUUUGGUUGCAGCAAGGAGGAAAUUGUUCAGUUCUUUUCAGGGUUGAGAAUCGUGCCGAAUGGGAUUACUCUGCCAGUGGACUACCAGGGGAGAAGCACAGGGGAAGCCUUCGUGCAGUUUGCCUCAAAGGAGAUAGCAGAAAAGGCUCGGGGGAAACACAAGGAAAGGAUAGGGCACAGGUACAUCGAGAUCUUUAAGAGCAGCCGCGUGGAGAUCCGAUCUUACCUGGACGAACCCCGGCGGAUCAUCGGCCAGAGGCCGGGGCCCUACGACAGACCCGUGAUGGAGGGCCCGAGGGGGGGAUACUUUGGCUCUGGUCACAAUCGCGGCGGCUCGCUCAUGGACUCCAUGAGAGGCGGAGGCGGGUACGGGGGAGGUUACGGACACACUUUUGACGGCUACAAUGGAUUAAACGCAUACGGCUUUGGGAACUGCAUGUUGGAUGAGCGCAUGAGAGAAGAGCGAGGACCAAGAGGCCACAGCUACAGUCGUCACGCAGACGGAGGCUCAAGUUACCACGGCGGCCAUUUUGUCCACAUGAGGGGCUUGCCUUUCCGCGCCAGCGAGAUGGACGUCGCCAAAUUCUUCUCACCUUUGAACCCACUGAGAGUCCACAUCGACGUGGCGCUCAACGGCAAGCUGACAGGAGAGGCCGACGUCGAGUUUCGCUCCCACGAGGACGCCGUGGCGGCCAUGUCCAAAGACAAGAACCACAUGCAGCACCGCUACAUCGAACUCUUUCUCAACUCGACAGCCAGCGGAGCUGAAACGAGUCGUGGUGGUUACUAUGGUAACUCAGGAGGAGGCCCACGGAGCGGCGGGCUGAGAGGCUUAUACUGAUGACAUUAUUAAAUCACUUCCUUUAUUCUGUUCCUCAAGGGAGACGUUACCUGAUCACACAUUGCUUGUUUUGGUGUUUGUUUUUUUACCCCUCAUUCAUUUAAAAAUGCAAAAAGUACAGUAAGUUGAAUUAUUUUAUUCUGUUGACAAGACGAGAGGAAGAAGGUGGAUGUGUGCUGUCUGAUUUUAUAGGAAGCUUAUAGUUGUCGUCUUAGCUGGGGGGGGGCUAAUUGCACAAAAAAAAUUCAUUUGUGCUGCAUUGUCAAGACAAGCUAUUGUCCCCUCACAUGUCAAGAAACGUUUGUCAAACAGGUCGCUUUGAUUAACAUACGUCAAAAGUUAUAUUUGUACAACUUUCAAAAAACAGGUGUCAGCAGUUUGUUUGCUUCCCUCUACCUGGAUUUUUUUUUUUUUUGGGGGGGGGGGGUCCCAGAUCAGUUUUUCGUUGAAGCCUAAAAAUUGUGAACCUGUGUUUGAAUCUUUUUUUUUUCUUCCCCAGUUCAUGAGAAAAAUCAAUUGAAUAUUUCAGAUGUAGUCUGUUUGCGGGAGUUGUACAUUUUGCCUAAUGCAUUUUUUUAUUAAAUGAUCUUUACCUUUGA